GCUCCUCCGGUCUCUCUCGAAGCCGCGAGCCGAGGGAGGAAGAAGACGACGACCACCACCACCACCAUCACCAGCAUGGCGCCCAUGGCCGUGAUCCGCCUCGCGCCCCCGGCGAUCCCGUCCGCCUCGUCGUCGUCGCGGUGUUCCGUGAGGCUGCGGGGCGGUGUGGUGCGGCUGCGGGUGAGGUGCCGAGCUGGUGGGGAAGGGAAGGGGGAAGGGGAAGGGGACGGGGAGGCGCCGGAGUCGCUGUUCGCGAAGGAGCUGAUGCGGAGGGGGAUGGCGCCGGGGUCGGGGUCGGCGGCUCCAGGGGAGAAGGAGAAGGAGGCGGCGGGGGCGGAGGAGGGGGGAAGGGAAGGGGGUGAGGCCGGGAGGAAGCGCGUGGCGGCGGCGGAGUUCGAGCGGGCCGCGGCCGGGGCGGAGGGGCAGCGGGAGAGGUCCAUGGCUCUCAACAGCGAGGGUCUUGAGGGUCUUGUUCCACGAGCAAAAUUACUGUUGUCACUUGGCAGUACAUUUUUCCUGGGAUUUGCCCCUUUGAUUCUUGUCACAGUUUCUCUUUUUGCUGUUCUUUAUGUGUAUUUUGGACCAAGCUUUGUACACGAUGCAAGCAAGUCACCAGUAUCGCCACCGCCAUACAUUGAUCCAUACGAGUUGCUGGAAGAUGAACGACUCUCCCGACCCUCCUCAGAUGUGUUCUAAACUGAAGCACACAGGAACAGGGGAAAUAUAGAUCAUGGGAAGCGUCAUACUUAGCUCAACAUUUUUCUUCUUUUACUAGACAUGCAUGUGUAGCUGUAAAUGCAAAGCUAGUUGUAGACUGUAAUUAUCUAACAUUUCCAUAUAUCAGCGUGACAUAUGAUGUCAGAUCAUGAGCCAUUGGCCGUGAAUUUCUGCA